CAGUACUAUUGUUUGUUUACUAUUUACUACCUAGGCUCCGAUCCAUUCGAUCCGCGUAUAGGUCCUGAAAACAGGUAAAUUACCAACUGGAAUUGUUUAUUGGUACACGUAGUGUUCACAGUGCACGAUGCACGUGUGAGAGGCGGGAGGUGAUAGGUUGAGGUGGCAAGAAGUGGUGAUCGUGGUGACGGCAGUGCGCGGGAAAACCGAGCCAUGGCAGGCAGGGAGGAAGGGUCGGCGCCAGACAUCAAGGAGGUUAUAGAUGAGUUCAGCACCUUCGGGGCCACUCUCUCUCACGAAGCAGCUAACCAGUGUUUAGUGUUAUGCAAGCAGUAUGGUAUUGAUGGAGAGCAAUUGGCAGUUUUGUGGCUUACCUUCGCCAACACACAUGGCUAUGAUGCCGUCACCUUGGAGGGCCUGGAACACCUGGACCGUGUGGAACAGAACUCGUCACGGAAGAAAGCUGCUGCGGAAGCUGCUAAUGCUGCAACUUUCAACAGAUUGAAUGCCAGUUUGGACAAUGGCUGUCUCUCCCGUCCCGAAGAUGAAGACGAUGAAGAUAUCCUGGAGGCGUAUGGCGGUAGCGGCAGCGGUAUCAAGGGCUACAGGGACUCGUGCAAGGACAUCAUUAUCUAUGCAGGGGACAUGAUGAUGGCGGACAUACUGACUACUAAUGAAAUACAAUUAACAGGUCCAGUUCAGUUAGUAGUGGCAAGUGGACCCUUUACCACAAACAGCAACUUGCUCUAUGAACCUCUCACCGACUUCUUGACUGCUGUGCGCAACAACCCACCUCAUGUGCUUGUCCUGUUGGGUCCAUUCCUUGAUGCUGGCCAUCCACUUGUGGUUGGUAAUGAUUUAGGAGAAUCCUAUGAUGCUGUGUUUAAUCGUUGCCUUCGAAUAAUUUCCACAACACUACAGAGGAGAGCUAAUUUCGAGGGCUUAAGGGAUUAUUUAAAAGGUGCUUGGCAGGAGAAAGGCAGAUAUAGUCAGGUAGAAGGAAGGGAGGAGCAGAGAAGGGCCACUGAUAUUCUGUUCCAUCUUGGCAAAGAAGAAAUCUCCUCAGCAUCUCAUGAUCGUUUGGUGAGGCUUACUCGUCACAUUUUAAAGCAGCGCAGCUUAUAUCCCUUGUAUCCACCUCACGAGAGCAUGUGUGUGGUCAUGGAACAACUGGAAAACUAUGUGCAUUUGCCUUACAAACCACAUCUCCUUGUGAUUCCAUCAGAUCUUCGCUAUUUUGCUAAGGAAGUGGAAGACUGUGUUGUUGUAAAUCCAGAGCAUCUAGCAAAAGGUCUUAUUGGAGGGACCUAUGCAAGAAUAGAAUUACAUCCUCCUUCCAGUGAUAAAAGAAUGGCAAACUCCAUCAAUGUAAACGUCAUAAAAGUUUGACUUUUUUUCUACACAAAAUGAUAUAUAUGUAAAGGUACUAUCUGCACAAGUACCUUUUUAACAUUAGUAGCAGUUUACUUUUAUUUGCAGUUUUUUUUUCUUCCACAUUAUUAUUUGCUGGUAUACUUAGUGUUAAGUUUUUUACUUGUCUACAUUUAUUUCUAUUACAUGCAGCACUAAGCAAGAAAGGUUAAUUAAUACAAGACCUACAGUAUUACAUUUAUAGAAAACCUACAUAUAUAUGUUAUGUACAUUUAUAUACACCAGCACAUACUUUAAUUUGCAGGUUUUGAAAUACAUAAUUUCAUUAAAUGAUCUUUUAACCAAGGUAGACUUCCAUAUAUUUUAUACACAGUGUAAAGAUUUUUUUGUUAUCCUUUUUAGAAUAAAGAUUCUAAUUUCU